CGCUUGAUAAUAUUGCAAAUAUAAGAGUAGGGCUUCAAUGUUUCAUUCAUUCAAUUCAUUCAGUUAACCUCCAAGUUUGCAAACACACAUAUAAUAUACCAAAUGGCUUCAAACGAACCAUGGUUGCUCGAAGACGGCUCAGUCAAGAGACUGACGAAAGAGAAGAGACACGGUCAUGGUCAUAGCCGAACCGCCCACAGCAUAUCUACGUCCUCCCUUCGUCGAAAAUCCGAUAUGUCCCUUGUGUCAAAAGUGCCUUGUUCAACUCUUAAAAACUUUUUAGCCAAUCUCCAAGAGGUCAUUUUGGGUACUAAGUUAGCAGUUCUUUUUGUCGCAAUUCCAUUUGCAAUUGCUGCCCAUUACUUUGGUUAUGCAAGGCCAUGGGUGUUUUCAUUGAGUUUGCUUGGAUUGAUUCCGCUUGCGGAACGUGUGAGCUUUCUAACAGAGCAAAUUGCUUUCUACACAGGCCCUACAGUGGGAGGGCUGUUGAAUGCAACAUGUGGAAAUGCAACAGAGCUUAUUAUUGCAAUAUUUGCUUUAAAGGAAAAGAAAAUUGAUGUUGUCAAAUAUUCUCUAUUGGGUUCCAUUCUCUCCAACCUUCUUUUGGUUCUUGGCACUUCUCUUCUAUGUGGUGGCAUUGCCAAUCUUUCAGUUGAGCAGAAGUUUGACAGGAAACAAGCAGAUGUCAACAUAGCCUUACUGCUACUGGGGCUGCUAUGCCAUCUGUUGCCACUCAUGUACAGAUCUGCAGCGGAGAGUAGAAGCAUUGAUGCACUUAGUAUUGCUAAAGAAACACUGAACUUAUCCAGAGCUAGUUGCAUUGUCAUGCUUAUUGCUUACUUUGCUUACCUUAUCUUCCAACUCUGGACUCAUCGCCACAUCUUUGAAGGGGAAGAGGAGAAUGAGGAUGACAUGGAUGUGAGUCAAGAAGAGACCCCAGUGAUAGGAUUUUGGAGUGGGCUGAUUUGGCUAGUUUCAAUGACUGCAGUCAUCUCAUUGCUCUCAGAAUACUUAGUGGACACUAUUGAGGAAGCUUCAACUUCAUGGGGGAUAUCAGUGAGCUUCAUUAGCAUCAUCGUGCUACCGAUAGUUGGAAAUGCAGCCGAGCACGCUGGAGCCAUCAUCUUUGCUUUUAAAAACAAAUUGGAUAUAACUUUGGGUGUGGCACUUGGUUCUGCAACUCAAAUUUCGGUUUUUGUGGUUCCAAUGAGUGUUAUUGUUGCAUGGAUAAUUGGCAUCAAAAUGGAUCUUGAUUUCAAUCUCCUUGAAACUGGUUCUCUUGCCCUCACAAUUAUCGCCACAGCUUUCACCUUACAGGAUGGAACUUCUCAUUAUCUCAAAGGAAUAGUUCUUCUGCUUUGCUACUUUGUCAUUGGAGCUAGUUUUUUUGUUCAAAUUUCUCCAACAGAACCUGGCCCAAAUGGCGCACAUAUGAGAUUCAAAUCAUCUAACCACGGGAUUUUUAGAGUUUGAAAGGUAUGAGUUUUGAGAAGAAAAUCUGCAUGCAUGAUACCUUCGUGAUGAAUUCUUUGAUUGGUGUGGACAUAAUGGUAUAUGAAUCAUUGCUUGCACAGUGCAAGUAAAAUCUUUUAUGUUUUUGUAUUCUUAAAGAUGAGUGUAUGUAUUUCCUUUGUGAAUUCCUUUGUUUGUAAUCAUAGUAAAAGAUUACACAGUAUAGUUUAAUAAAUAAAAGUGAUGUUUAUUUAUA